AUGGCGCAGCGGGCCCGGCUCCGCGCGCUCCUCCAGCACCGCCGGGCCCAGCUGCUGCUCGUCAACUCGCUGACGUUCGGCCUCGAGGUGUGCCUGGCCGCCGGGAUCACCUACGUGCCGCCGCUGCUGCUGGAAGCGGGAGUGGAGGAGAAGUUCAUGACCAUGGUGCUGGGGAUCGGCCCUGUCCUCGGCCUCGUUUUCGUCCCCAUGGUGCCGCGGCUGCACAGCCUCUGCUGCCGCAUCCCCAAGGUCAUCCGGCGCCUCUUCGUGGCCGAGCUCUGCAGCUGGAUGGCCCUCAUGACCUUCAUGCUUUUCUACACGGACUUUGUCGGGGAAGGGCUUUACCACGGCGUCCCCAGGGCCAAGCCGGGCACGGAUGCCAGGCGCCACUACGAUGAAGGUGUCCGCAUGGGCAGUCUGGGCCUCUUCCUGCAGUGCGUCACGUCCAUCUUCUUCUCGACAAUCAUGGACUGGCUGGUGAAGCAGUUUGGGACGCGGGCCGUCUACCUGGCCAGCGUGGCCUUCUUCCCCGUGGCCGCCCUCGUCAUGUGCCUCUCCCGCAGCGUCGCCGUCGUCACCGUCUCGGCAGCUCUCACGGGCUUCACCUUCUCGGCCCUCCAGAUCCUGCCCUACACGCUGGCAUCCCUGUACCACCACGAGAAGCAGGUGUUUUUGCAUAAGUAUAAAAGCAAAGAGGAGGAAGACACAGCUCAGCAGGACAAGAUGGUCUUCCCUAAGGGCCUCCUCUCCAGCCAGAAGCUGCCCUACCAGAACGGACACCCCGGUGGCAUCUUCUCCUCCUCUUCCUCCCCGCCUGCUGCGGCUGCCAGCUCGGCUCUGUGCGGGGGCUCCCCGUGCGACGUCUCGCUCAUGAUGAUCGUGGGGGACCCGGACUCUGUCUCCCCCGGCCGAGGCAUCUGCCUGGACCUGGCCAUUUUGGACAGCGCUUUUCUCCUCUCUCAGGUCGUCCCGUCCCUUGUCAUGGGCUCCAUCGUGCAGUUCACGCAGUCCGUGACCGCCUACAUGGCGUCGGCCGCCGCCUUCGGCCUCGUGGCCAUUUACUUCGCAACCAAAGUUGUCUUUGACAAGAGCGACGUGGCCAAGUGCUCGGUGUGA